AUGCAGUAUGUCACAGAUUAUCAUCACGAUUACCAAAAAAAAAUUACAGAUACAGGAGUCCAAACCCUUCUGAAGACAACAAUUAACAACGAAAAAAUAUUAUUGUACUUCUUCAUCGUACUAGCUGGAUUUCUCGUAAUCGCUCUGAUGUUAUUCGUACCAAAAGCUCCCGGUGAGCUUCCAAUAAAAACGAGUUUUCCCUUCGACACCACUAUCUCCCCAGGUCAUGAAAUCGCGAUGUACCUUCAAACAGCCGCCGUUACAUUCGGCCUGUACUCAAUCGUCGCAAUGGAUAGUUUAGCAAUCAACAUUUGCAGAUGUCUCAGCAUUCAAUUACUGGCAUUAUCAUCGAAUUAUGAAAAAUGCAUGAUCCAGACGUACGAUCGGUGUCACCUGAUAACAUCUCGUUCCAUCAAGCCAUCAAAACGGUCAGAUCUCCAAUCGAGAGAGAAAACUAUUGUUAUACGUAAAUUUGCGCUGUUCCGGAAACAGGAAGAGCGCGAAGAGAGCGACUCGUUUGUCAAGCGAUUCCGUCUCUGCGAGAUACAUCAUCAAAGAAUAAUAUCCAUGAUCAACGAAUUCAAUUCAAUUUUCAGUAGCUGCAUGCUCAUGCAAAUUUUCUCUAGCUUCUCCAUGAUAUGUUUCGCUGGUUUUCAGGCUGUCCUAGUGAGUGGCUGUUGA